CUCGCGCGCUUGCGCACUUAAGCCCGCGCAGGGAGCGGCGGCUCCCCGCCCCCCAAACCCCGACCCUACUUCAUCCUUCGGUCCUGGCGGAGCCCACGACGUUGACAUGCCGGAGAUCCGCCUCCGCCAUGUGGUGUCCUGCAGUAGCCAGGACUCGACUCACUGUGCAGAAAACCUGCUCAAGGCGGACACUUACCGGAAAUGGCGGGCAGCCAAGGCCGCCGAGAAGACCAUCUCUGUGGUGCUCCAGCUGGAGAAGGAGGAGCAGAUACACAGCCUGGACAUCGGGAAUGAUGGCUCGGCCUUCGUGGAGGUGCUGGUGGGCAGCUCGGCCGGAGGGGCCGGGGAGCAAGACUACGAGGUCCUUCUGGUCACCUCAUCUUUCAUGUCACCUUCCGAGAGCCGCAGUGGCUCAAACCCCAACCGCGUUCGCAUUUUCGGGCCUGACAAGUUGGUCCGGGCAGCUGCCGAGAAGCGCUGGGACCGCGUCAAAAUUGUUUGCAGCCAGCCCUACAGCAAGGACUCUCCCUAUGGCCUGAGUUUCGUACGGUUUCACAGUCCCCCAGACAAAGAUGAGGCAGAGCCCUCACCCCAGAAGGUGACCAAGCUUGGCCAGUUCCGCGUGAAGGAGGAGGAUGAGGGCGCCACCUCCCUGAGACCUGGAGCCCUCUUCUUCAGCCGGAACAAUAAGACUUCCACAGCCACAGCCAGUGACCCAGCAGGACCCAGUUAUGCAGCUGCUACACUGCAGGCCUCCAGUGCCGCCUCCUCAGUGUCUCCAGUCUCCAGGGCAGUAGGCAGCACCUCCAAGCCUCAGGAGUCCCCCAAAGGGAAGAGGAAGUUGGAUUUGAACCAAGAAGAAAAAAAGACCCCCAGCAAACCAUCAGCCCAGCCCUCACCACCCGCCCUCAAGAGACCCAAAUUGCCAGCUCCCACUCGAUCCCCAGCCACCGCCCCAGUCCCUGCUGCAGCACGGGGGGCAGUGCCAGGGAAUCCCCGAGGAGAAGGCAGCGAGCCCAGGGGACCCCGAGCUGGCCCACAGGAGCUGGGGAAGAUCCUUCAGGGUGUGGUGGUGGUGCUGAGUGGCUUCCAGAACCCCUUCCGCUCGGAGCUCCGGGACAAGGCCCUAGAGCUGGGGGCCAAGUAUCGGCCGGACUGGACCCCAGACAGCACCCACCUCAUCUGUGCCUUUGCCAACACCCCCAAGUACAGCCAGGUCCUAGGCCUCGGAGGCCGCAUCGUGCGGAAGGAAUGGGUGCUGGACUGUCACCGCAUGCGUCGGCGGCUGCCCUCCCGGAGGUACCUCAUGGCAGGGCCCGGCUCCAGCAGCGAGGACGAGGGGGCCUCUCACAGCGGCAGCAGCGGGGAUGAAGCCCCCAAGCUUCCUCGAAAGCGCCCCCAGACCAAAACCAAGCCCCCUCAGGCAGCAGGACCCAGCUCACCCAAGAGACCUGCAGCCCCAGAAGAAACCAAACCAGCCUCACGGGGGCCCCAGGAAGAUACCGACACUGAUGGGGAGCAGUCAGGCCAGGACAAUGGGGCGGAUGAUUCUGGGGAUACUGAGGAUGAGCUGAGAAGGGUGGCUGAGCAGCGGGAUCAAAAGCAGCCGCCUGGCCAGGGGGAGAACGGUGAGGACCCAUAUGCAGUAUCCACGGAUGAGAACACAGACAACGAGGGUCCCUCAGAGUCUCCUGACCUGCCCAUUCCUGAACUCCCAGACUUCUUCCAGGGCAAGCACUUCUUCCUGUAUGGGGAGUUCCCUGGGGAUGAGCGGCGGAAGCUCAGACGCUAUGUCACUGCCUUCAAUGGGGAGCUUGAGGACUAUAUGAGCGACCGAGUCCAGUUUGUGAUCACGGCACAGGAUUGGGACCCCAGCUUUGAGGAGGCCUUGAUGGACAACCCCUCCCUGGUGUUCGUCCGCCCCCGCUGGAUCUACAGCUGCAACGAGAAGCAGAAGUUACUUCCCCACCAGCUCUAUGGGGUGGUGCCCCAGGCCUGAAGUAUGUGUUUGCGCACAUGUGCAUGCACACACACACACACACAGGAUGCGUUUAAUAAAGGUGACUUGGUUUGGAGCAGCUGUCCCUCUCACUUGGGACUCUCCCAGAACCUCCAGAA